GCUUGCUAGCUCUCCACAAGUCCAGGUAGCACCAACAAAUAUAUGUGCACACGCAAGCUAGCCACCCACCAGCAGCACAAGCGCGUCUCUGCAUUCCGAUCAUGAUGGGCUCGCUCAAGCUGACGGAGAUCGUCUCCAAGAAGCUCAGCGGCGGCAAGGUCACCUCGCCGAGCGCGGCGCCGUGCCCGCGGGGCCACUUCGCGGCCUACACCCGGGACGGGCGCCGGUUCUUCAUCCCCAUCGCCUACCUCGGCAGCGACACCUUCCGGGAGCUGCUCAACACGGCCGAGGAGGAGUUCGGCGCGCCCGGCGGCCGCCCCAUCGUGCUGCCGUGCUCCGCCGACCGCCUCGAGCAGAUCCUCGACGCCUUCCGCAGCGGCGGCGGCGGCGGCGCCAAGAAAAAGUGCGCCGGCGCCGCCGGCAGGAUCAGCAAGAUCUGGUAGCGGCAGUGGCAUUGCAGAACACAUGCAUGUUGCUGCAGCUAGCCCUGCUGCUGCUGCCAGGCUGAUCGAUCGAUUAGUCUGGACGACGACGAUGACCGUGAGAUUAUUAGCUUCGAUCCAUUGAUUCAUCGGCCCUGAACUGCUGAUCAAUCUAGGUGCUGUGAUCGAUCUGUUUAGUUGAUGUUUUUUUGCUGCUCUCCUGGCCGUACAUGCCAAUGGGCGUGUUUUCAGGAGACUAGCUGUGGCUGGCAGUACUAUGGCCAACUUGCCAUGAUGUAACAUCUCCGUACUUGUUCAUUCGUUGGGUUUUUUUUCCAACUUUUUUUUCUCUUCUUUGAGAUCAAUUCAUUUUUUCGCUGUCAUGACUGGUAUGUGUUGUG